UGUGUUGAAUUGUUAAAGAAACGAUACAACAAUCAAGUACUUAAUAUUAAUAAAAUAAUCAAACUGUUUAUAUUUGUCGAACAUUUAUUUAAUAAAAACUCUUUGAAGAGUUUAGUUUUUUAUAGAACCUUAGCAAAAAUGGUUGACUCCAGCGUAAACUUGGACAAGUGCUUUGAGGUGAUUACCGAUUUGGUAAACAAAGCCGGUGCGAUAAUUGCUCACAGAAAUGAGACCCGCCAGGAGUUCGUUUGCAAACAGGGAGACAUUGAUUUGGUCACCGAGACGGACAAGGAAGUUGAACAGCUGUUAAUGAAGGGCAUACGAGAGCAGUUUCCAGAUCACAAAUUCAUAGGCGAAGAAGAGAGCAGCGCUGAAGGUGCCCCCAAAAAACUAACUGAUUCACCCACCUGGAUUAUUGAUCCAGUAGAUGGCACCAUGAACUUUGUGCAUGCCUUCCCACACUCCUGUAUAUCGGUGGGUUUGGUAGUAAACAAAGUCACCGAAUUAGCUGUAGUCUACAAUCCCUUGUUGCAACAACGUUUCACUGCCCGCCGUGGCCAGGGAGCAUUUUACAAUGAUAAGCCCAUUAAAGUUAGUGGCCAAAAAGAUUUGUCAAAGUCCCUAAUAACCAGUGAAUUUGGCACCACCAGAGAUCCGGAGAAAAUGGAAGUGGUAAAGGAAAACUUUUCUAAAAUGGCGGCUAAAGCUCAUGGCUUACGUGUUCUUGGUUCUGCUGCCCUUAACAUGUCUAUGGUGGCGUUGGGUGCUGCCGAUGCCAACUAUGAAUUUAGCAUACACGCCUGGGAUGUGUGUGCCGGCGAUUUAAUAGUGCGUGAGGCUGGUGGUGUGGUUAUUGAUCCUGCCGGUGGUCCAUUCGAUAUGAUGUCUCGCCGUGUCUUGGCCGCUGCCAGUCCUGAAUUGGCUAAAGCUAUAGCAGAGACUUUAACACAAUUCUAUCCACAGCCCAGAGAUGACUAAACUACUCAGAGAUUUUUAUAUACACAGACCCAGUGAAAUUUAACCAAAAAAUUAAUAAUAAAAUAUAUGUAUGUACAUGUAGUACGUUUUUUGUAAUGUAUACAGAAUGUCAUUCCUAUUUAUAUGAUUCAAUAAAGGAUAAUUGAUGUUAAA